GCGCGCCGCCCGCACCGGUCGUCGCCUGAGGUGCUGUCGGGGGUCGUCUGUUGAAGCGGGGUGAACUCGGUGACCGGGGCGUAAGAGGCGUUCGCGACCACGUGUCUCAGCUGGGGCGUCCGCUGCCGCUGCCACGUGAGCUCCAGAUCCCGACGGCAUGCUGCGACCGGAGCCGAUGCCGACCGCCGUGGUGGGCAGUCCGGCUGAGGAGCUGGACACCUCCUGCCUCAACUGCUUCAGCCGCCGGGUGGGCAUCAUCGUCAUCGGCUGGGUGAUCGUGCUGAUGAGCAUCCCAGAGGUGGUGACCACCUGGAAGUUGAUGACGGUUUCCAGUGGGGGAGGUCUGGCCAUCGCCAUCAUCUACAUGCUGAUUCUGCUAGUAGACGGUACGCUCGCGGCGCUGCUGCUGCUCGGCCUGCGUGACGGCGUGGUCCGCACCCGGCUCAACAUCUGGAUGGUGUGGACGGCUGUGUACACCGUGUUGCUGCUGCUGCUCUUCAUCAUUUUCGUGGCGGUCGUGCCGAGCGUGACACUCGCAACCGGCGUGCUGGGUGGUUUCAACCUGCUCUUCUUCAUCUGCUUCCGUGUCUACGGCCUGUACGCCGGCUGGAAGUACCGCGAGGUCAUCAUGUCGGCGCCGCCGCCGGCCACCGACAUCCGACCCGAUCCCACCUACCCGGCCUUCUGAACGCUUGGCAGGCGGCUGACCCUGCCGCAGCCGUGAUUGCCCUGGCUGUACGUUAUCUGGUGUGGAGCCCUGCAGCUCGCGACGAGGCACGGGCCCGGCCGGUCGGAAGGUGUUCCCCCAGACCAGGCCGCGGAGCGCACUGGUCUGUCCUCGGCUUACUCAACACCAGGUGCCAAGCGAGAUGGCGGACGGUGCGCUAGUCUCUUGAGUCUAUGGAGCAUGCAGCUUAUAGGAGAAGGCACAGCGUUUGAGUGGCACUGGAUCCACCGAACACCAGCGUGUAACGCGAGAU